GGGUGCAAAUAAACAGACUAUGCGUCAUAUAGAGUGAUCAAACACAUAUAGGCGAAUACACAACCACCCCACCACCACAUACGCACACACACACUGGAUGAUACCCACACACUGUGGUAGGACACCGAGCAGAGUGCAUUCCGCUGAUCAUCUCCGUCCCUCCCUCCAGCAAGCGGAUUGCCUCUGCCACUGACGACAGCCAGUCACACAGGAUUGUGUGUGAGAGAGAGUCUGCAUCAAGGACUGAGAACUGUGUGCUUGCACUGGGAACGGAUGCGUGGGAGUUGUUCUCUCUUCCUGCCAUUUGCAUCCCUUCUUUAUUCUCUCUAUUCCUCGGACGAGUUCAGGCGCACAGGAAGUCAAAAUUUCCAAGGGAGGAUCGCUGUGUGUGGGUCGCCCGCUGUAACUACUUCUGCUGCCGUUUUAUAACCGCCGUACCCCGCUGCCUAUUUUAUCGUCAAACUCGCGGGAAGAAUCUGGGAGGAACGAACGGCUGCUCUCUUUCUUCGUUUCCUUUCUUUAAAUCCCAUAGGCUAUUUCAAAGCGAUGGACUUGAGAUAGUGCGUCUCAAUUUUGAGUGUUGCUGGCUGGGAGUUGCCGUCGGGGAGAUAUGCGUAAGGAUGCUUGGAAGCAGUAAAGGUUAUAGCAGGUACUGAUAAGAUGGCGGCCGGGGAAGCGAAUGGGCACAGCUACCUGGUGGCUUGCUGGCAGCCCAUUCUGAUCCUGAUGCUGGGCACUGUGCUGUCUGGCUCCACCACAGGCUGCCCAUCCCGCUGUGAGUGCAAUGUUCAAGAGCGCUCUGUGAUGUGCCACCGCAAGAAACUCAUGACAGUUCCUGAGGGCAUUCCCUCAGAGACACGGCUGUUGGAUCUCAGCAAGAACCGCAUUAGAACCAUCAACCCAGACGAGUUUGCCAACUUUCCUAACCUUGAACACCUUGAGCUUAAUGAAAACACCAUCUCCACCAUUGAACCUGGGGCGUUCAACAACCUGUAUGGUUUGCGGACACUGGGGCUGCGUAGCAACAAGCUGAAGUUGAUCCAGCUGGGUGUCUUCACAGGCCUGAGCAAUCUCACACAGCUGGACAUAAGUGAGAACAAGAUUGUCAUUCUUUUGGACUACAUGUUCCAGGAUCUGUACAACCUCCGGUCUUUAGAGGUGGGUGAUAACGACUUAGUUUUCAUCUCCCAUCGUGCUUUUCAUGGCCUAAGUAGCCUUGAGCACCUGAGUCUGGAAAAGUGUAACCUGUCCUCCGUGCCGACAGAAGCCUUCACCCACCUCCACAGUCUGAUCACUCUCAGGCUGCGCCACCUCAAUAUCAAUGUUAUAAGGGAUUACUCCUUCAAACGGCUCUAUCGUCUCAAAGUGUUGGAAAUAGCCAAUUGGCCAUAUUUGGAUACUAACCCAAAUUGCUUGUAUGGAUUAAAUCUCACCUCUCUGACGAUUGCAAGUGCCAAUCUGACCACAAUUCCUUAUGUAGCUCUGCGGCACUUGGUCUAUUUACGUUUUCUUAAUCUGUCAUACAACCCUAUCCAUACCAUUGAGGGGAAUAAGCUCCAUGAUCUUCUGCGACUUCAGGAGUUUCACCUGGUAGGAGGCAGGCUGGCAGUGAUUGAGCCCUACUCCUUCCGUGGGCUAAAUUACCUGAAGGUUUUAAAUGUGUCUGGGAACUCUCUCAGCACUUUAGAGGAUUCUGCGUUCCAUUCAGUGGGAAACCUGGAAACCCUAGCCUUGUAUGAUAACCCCCUGGCCUGUGACUGUCGACUAAUGUGGGUUUUCCGAAGACGUUGGAGAUUGAACUUCAACAGACAGCAGCCAACCUGCGCCUCCCCUGAGUUUGUCCAAGGCAAAGAGUUCAAAGACUUCCCAGAUGCUUUGCAGCCAAACUACUUUACAUGCCGCAAGUCCAGGAUCAGGGAUCGGAAAGCCCAGCAGAAAUUUGUUGAUGAGGGAGCUAUUGUUCAUUUUGCUUGCCAAGCAGAUGGGGAUCCUGCCCCAGUGAUAAUGUGGCUCUCCCCACAGAAGAAGUUUAUCACCACCAAGACAAUUGGAAGGCUCUCUGUGUUACCAGAUGGUACCCUUGAGGUGCGCUAUGCCCAGAUUCAGGACAAUGGUACAUAUGUGUGUAUAGCCAGCAAUGCAGGCGGAAAUGACACCUCUCUUGCUCACCUGCACAUUCAUAGCUACUCACCUGACUGGCCUCACCAGCCCAACAAGACUUUUGCCUUCAUCUCCAACCAGCCCACGGAAAAUGGUGCUAAUGGUACCCGAGCCAAUGUCCCUUUUCCCUUUGAUAUAAAGACAUUGAUCAUUGCUACUACAAUGGGCUUUAUCUCUUUCCUUGGUGUUGUCCUGUUUUGCCUGGUACUGCUGUUCCUUUGGAGCAGAGGAAAAGGUAACACCAAGCACAACAUUGAGAUCGAGUAUGUGCCACGGAAAUCGGACGCUGGCAUGAGCAGCAGCACGGCAGAUGCUCCUCGCAAGUUUAAUAUGAAAAUGAUUUAAUGGAGCUGUGGAGCUGAGUAUGUUUGAACUUAAAAAUAAGACAAAUGGAAAAAUAAAGACAUGCUAUUUCCUCUCUUACAAACCUGUGGAUCCUGGUCUGUUAACAUAGAGUAAUCUGUUUUUUCCUGACUGAAACACUAGAGAGGAGGGCUCCUGGCUUUCAAAAGUGAGAGGGAUUGAAAGCACAUCCAAUGUUUCAGUGCAUUGAUGGUUUCUGCAAGGCCUGCAAGGGUAUCGUUUGAAAGUCAGUUUUGUCAUAAGCAGUUCAUAUUCCUGUGGAUUUAUACUGGGGGAAAAAAUUAUAUCAGAAAAGAGAAACACUUCUGCAGCCAGAAUGCAAGGGGAAGAUCAUGCUUUCGCCAUCACUGUCUUUUUUCUGUAUUUUUAGUUUAUUUCUUUUUUUCUUUUCUAUUUCUUUUUUUUUUCAAGAAUAGAUGAAAUUUGCGUUAAAAAGUGAGAGAGAGAUUUGUAUGGGUUGUCGAGCACAUCCACACAAUAUUUGUGGUACAUUUGUACAUGAUGUAUUUCAUGUACAUAUACUACACCAGUGUUAUAGUUGUGUAUACUAUGUGCUACAUAUAUAUAUAUACAAAAAACAUAUAUAUGUUUUUUGUUUUGUUUUGUUUUGUUUUUUUCAUUUCUAUGUUGAUUGUUCUGGAAGUCACAAGACUUGUUCAAGAUGCAUCAUAUGUCUGUGUUCUAAAACCAGAUGAACAUUGUUUGUUGAAAGAUAAUGUCCCUACACUUAUGCAAAGACAACUGACAAAGUAGGAUGAUAUGGUCAUAUUGCCAAUGGAAAAACAAUGGAAUGAAAAAACAAAACUGUCAAUGACACAGACAACUUAAUUUGAGUGUCACAGUAACAAAUACAUAUCCAUAUUAUUUGCCAAGAAAGUAUAUGAAAAUGUAAACCUGUUUUCAUUGGUCAUUCUGCAAACUGAAUAACUGAAUGAUUCAUAAAAACAAGUGCUUUGCAACUACUUAGCUGCAGUAAUUAUUUCUAGGGGUGCAUCAAUAUUACUUUGACUGCUGACACCAAUUCUGAGUACUACCAUGUAAAAAAUUUUUCAGACAAAUCAAUUUUUUUUUUCAGAAAAACAGAUUUUACAAUGUAACAGUGUAAUGUUCUAAAGAAGCAUAAAAACAGUUCUUACAUACAUUUUAGAGCCCAGUAUCUGAUACCAGUAUCAGCAUCACACAUCCCAAAUUUCCAGACAGCACUCUCAUUGUAUUCAGACAGCACUCUCAUUGUAUCCAGAGUAUGACGCAGCUGGAAAUGUGUGAGAUGUUGCUGUGCUGAUAUGGGGCUCCAUGCCAACAAUGGAGCAUUUAUCUUAAGGUUGUGCCAUCAGAGUGUUUGGCAUGGCUACUUUAAAACUAUAUGUGCUCAUCUUUGGACCUUUUAAAUUGCAUUUCAAAUGGUCUUACAUAAGGGUAUUAUUUUGUGCUUAUCAUGAUUAUGUGCUGAGGUUUUGGAUAGAAUGUGCUCUUCAACCUGUAGAAUAUUUCUUUCAUUAAUGUUUUUUUUUUUUUUUUUUGGUUGUUUUAUGGAAUUUAUGAUUUAUCUAUCCAAUUGCUCCCCCCAUCAAAGCCAUGGAAAUAUUACCUUCUAGGUUUAUUUACAGGUAUGCUAUCCCCAAAAAUGUAUGCUGUUUGGGGGGAGGGAUGUGGGGGGAAACUGACACAUAUUAUGCUCCCAAAUGUGGUUCUGCGUAUAAAAUAUGAGGUUACACCAUUACCUUUUCAAGUACACACUGUGGACAGCUUGGCUUUGUGAGUGUGUCCAAAGAUAAAGGCUAAGUUAUUUAUGAUGGAUGACAUUACAGAUAACGGCACAGUAAUGGGCUGGAAGUAUGGACUGAAUAUGCAGAUGGUUGGAGUGACACAGAUGGUUUCACCCGUGGAGUGAUCUGAAGCAGCUUUGGUGUAAUCCGUUUUGCAUAAAGAAAAAAAAAACAGUGGAUAUGGCUCAUGGUUCUCCCUCUUGCUGA